GUAAGGGGACCUUGGAAGAACAGUGAGAUUCUAAAGUGGGUCAAAAAGAGAAAGGAAGCAUAUGCAAGGUUUAGGAGGAUUAACGCGAAUACUGCCUUUGAGGAGCAUAAAGCAAGCAGGAAAGAAGUCAAGCAGGACCAGAGGGAGCCAUGAAAUGUCAUUGGCAAGUCGCAUAAAAGAAAAUGCCAAGGCGUUUUAUAUGUACGUUAAGUGCAAGUCGGUAACUGGGGAGAAGAAUCUUAUGGCAAAGGCUCUCUAUGACAACAAGGCAGAGACAUCCGACGAGCUUGCGUUCCGUAAAGGAGACAUACUGACUGUGAUAGAACGGAAUAUCAAGGGGGAUGAAGGUUGGUGGCGCUGCUCUCUGCACGGACGGCAAGGCAUUGUACCCGGAAACCGCCUACAGCUCAUCAGUGGAUCGCAAUAUGACAUGCCAUCCCUGUACCUCUCCCCAUGCCCAACCCUCCGCAGGCCGUCGCAGCUCGAUAUUUACCAGAUGCCAACCAACCAAUACCCAAGCUCACCCUUGUCUUCCAGUUCUCACCUGCAGGACAACAUCUAUCAGGUACCAUCAAGGCCUCAGUCUUAUGGCCAGCAUUACCAAGUGCCAGGACCUUCUGCUGAAUACUGUUGGGACAGAGGGCAGGCACCAACACGCCAGGUGUUUUCGCUUCCCCGAAUGGGACCGGCCUUCAGCCUGAACUCCAUUUCAGGACCUUAUGCUGAUGCCUACGAUAUCCCGCCGUCCCAUAUCUCCAGACUCCAGGGCAACCAGAUGCCUAACACUGCUGCAAUAGAAAGGAAAUCUUCCAUGUUUCAUACAGAGGAGGAGAGACAACUAAUCCAGCAGUUGUAUGACAUUCCACCGAGUUUUGAAAGACAUAGAGCAGUGACUCAGAGUCAGGUGUACGACGUUCCCCCGCGGAUGAGCCUGGACUUGCCGGCCAGCGUCUACGACACGCCGCCGGCGGCGGGGAGGGAGCUGGCGGCUGUCCGGAGGCCGGCCUGGGAGUGUCCGGAGGAGCGGCGACCAUCCAGCCCGGCCGUGUACGACGUGCCGGUGUCUAGAGAGGAGGUGGCUGCCCGCUACAGCGCGCCCCCGCCAUGGCCCGGCUCCGGACAGGCUCUGUACGACGUACCCGUCCCACAGGGGGCCGGCCUGUACCACACCCCCCUGUCCCGGGCCCGGUCGGCCGAAAUCUACGACGUGCCCGCCAGCUUGCCCAAGCCGCCAGCCGCAGCGACUGCCAUCUACGACCUGCCACGACUCCCAGCCGGUCCCCAGCCGGUGUACGACGUCCCCCCGCUGGUGUCCAGAGGGGCUGCCCAGUGGCCGGAGCGCAGGCAGAGCGCCCCGGCCACGCCCCAGCGGCCGGCCUCGUACCCGGCUCAGGCCACGACCCAGCGUCCGGCCACCGACCUCUCUCCGGCCACUUCCCGCUCUCCGGCCCUCUCCCUCUCUCCGGCCACGGCCCAACGUCCAGCGACUUUUCCCACCGCUCCCCAGAGUCCGGACAUCUCACCCGCUUCGGCCACUUCCCGCUCUCCGGCCACCGCCCUCUCUCCGGCCACGGCCCGGCGUCCAGCUCCCUCUCCGGCCUCUCCCCCCGCCGGGCCGGGGCCGGAGCAGGAGGAGAUGAGCCUGGACGCGGCGGAGGCGGCGGCCGUGCUGGGCCGGCUCCAGCAACAGGUGUCGGUGUCGGUGGGCAGCAUCAUGGUGUUUGUGAGCAGUCGCUGGCGGCUGCGGGAACAUCUACAGCCCCACCUGGGCGAGGUGCGCUCGGCGGCCGGCACCGUGCUCACCAGCCUGGCCGCCUUCCUGGGGCUGGUGCGCGGGGUGAGGGUGAACGCGGCCCGCCUGACGGACGCCAACCUCCAGAGCCGCCUGUGCAAGCAGCUGGAGGUGGUGGAGGACUCGCAGCAGAUCCUGGUGGAGACGAGCCGGGCGCUGGCCGACUGCGGCUGGGCUCUGGACGCGCUGGUGUUGACCCAGACCCAGACCCAGGCGGCGCCAGACCACCUGGACCGCUUCAUCAUGGUCACCCGCACCGUGCCCGACGAUGUCAAGCGCCUGGUCUCCAUCAUCAUAGCCAACGCCAAGCUCCUCUUCGCCCAGAAGCAGCCCCCGCAGGCGAGCCCCCCUACCCCGGGUGCGGCCGAGAUUAGGGCCCGUCUACAGAGGAGGACCACCAAGCACAAGGCGCCGGUCCCCAUCCCGCUGCGGAAGGUGCAGAGCGUCAAAGCCGGCACGCACAACCGGGCAGAAGACUGCGAAUAUGUCCAGUUACAGAGGAAGGAAGAAUUUGAAAACCAGGAGAAGGAAAAAGAAAGCAUCCGGCAGAGAGAGAAGGAGAGCUUCAGGCAGAAAAAGCUCUUGCUCGAGCGACAGAUGUCGGAAGUGAAGAUCCGAAGGCCAGGCGAUGUCAGUGUCAAAGUGAGUCCGGAGGUGAUCCAGUCUCCAGCUCCCAGCUCUGAGUUAUGCAGGAUGUAUUUCAGUGCCCUGCAGAAGGCCAUCGUGUCCUUCACUGACACCAUCAACGGCAACCAGCCGGCAGAUGUGUUGAUCAAACACAGCAAGGUGGUGAUCAUGAUCGGUCAGAAACUGGUGGACACCCUGUGCCAGGAGACCGGGCACAAGAACGUUCACAAGGAGAUGCUCAGCAAAAGCAACCAGUUUUGUGGCCUCAUGAAGAAGGUGGCUGUGGCAACCAAGAACGCGGUGAUGCAGCCAAGCCCGACAACAGUGCAAGAAAUGAAAGAUCAGGUGGCGGAACUGCGGCAGCAAGCUGAGCAGCUCAGGCUCUUCCUGGAAAAGAACACUGGCUCAUAAUGGGGGUGACUGCAAGAAGGGAGGACCUCCCUCAUUGAAAUCAACUUCAAUACCAUUACCGUGGACAGCAUCUCUUGCCCUUUGGGUCCUCCCAGCUUUAUUUUCCGAUCAGCAAUUGGGGUUAAGAUGACCCCUUUACUUAAUAACUCCGAACUCACAGAAUUAUUAUUCCAGCCAACUUCGGUCUUUUGUGCCAGGUUGUGAAGUUAAAGAACAUGAUCUCUACAUUCCGCCGUGUCGUACAUACCCAACAUUUGUUAAAAAGGAGCCGGAGAGAUGUUUCCAUGUUGACGCAUCUUCUCCGCACCAUUCUACUUAUCACUAAUGUUGCAUUCAGAUCAUAGAACAGAGGAUACUACAGCACGGGAACAGGCACUUUGGUCCACAAUGUCUCUGCUGAACACGAUGCCAUGAGCAACUCUUAUCUGUCUGUAUAUAAUCCAUAUCCCUUCACUCCCGAAACAACCGUGUGCCUAGCUAAAAGCCUCUUAAAUGCCACUAUCGUAUCUGUCACAACACCACCCCUUGGGGUGCAUCCCAGGCCCCCAGCACUCUGUAUAACACACUUGCCUUAUACAUCUGGACAGGCCUUUUGGCCGUUCAUGUUUGUAGAACAGCACAAGAACAGGCUCUCCGGCCAGCCAUGUCUGUGUCCAACUUGAUGCCAAGACUAUCAUGUCUACCUGCACAUAACCCAUAUUUUUCCAUACCUAGCAUACCCAAAUGCCUAGCCAAAGAUCUCUAAAUGCCACUAAUGUAUCUGCUUCAAUCACCACCCCCAGCAGGGUAUUCCAGGCACUUAUCACCCUCUGUGUAAAAGAAAAACCUGCUCCUCGCAUUUCCUUUCAACUUUGCCCUCUCACCUUAAAGAUAAGGUCAUUCUGUGCUUUCCACUUUGAUAGUUUGCCUGAGCUUGAACUCUUCCAAUUAUUUAUAACUCAAGGCAGAAACUAAAUAUUCUUACAAAGGUCUAAAAUCUAAUAUGUCAAUCGCUCACCUCAAUAGCUUAGCUCCUGAAUUCUGCCCACAUGAGCAACCUAGUCAAUGCACUAUGUUAAUUACGAAGAAAAUAAUUGCUCAGCCUCAGCUGCAAAUGGUUAAUGUACAACAGCAAGCAUUCGUGACUAUCAGAUUAUGUCUUAGUUCCUCAAAUGGGAACAUUGCAAAUGGAGAAGGAAAUUAUUUGAAUUCGGCUAAUGUCUAUUGUUUCCACUUUUAUGCUAGCCCACUCCGUCUUAUUUAUGGAAUAUUCUCUCUGUUAAAACCAAAGUUUGUUCUUGCUGCUCUGUGCUUGAAAGAUUUAACACGGGGCUGGGUGUAAAUGACAUGAGUUUGCCUUCCCCAGAAGUGUCCAGCUGUAGAAUACAUGUGGUCCCUUGAAUUCUUGGCAAGAGUCAGGUAUUCCUUGCACUGACAGCCCAGGAGCCUGCAGUACCGUUGCAGAAAUGUUCUGCUUUCCCAUACCUUCCACAUGCAUCGCCUCGGUCUGUAGGUGUUCAUGCCGACUCAGUGGGGGUGAAAUUUGAUUAGUUGGCGGGAAGUUGUGAAUCAGACGGAGUGUAAGAUGGGUUGUCAAUUUGUUACUUCUGAGUGAAUCAUCAGCAAGUUUUAAAGUUUGCUACUCAUCGGCCAAACGUCCAGUUCGGUCUGAUUCUGCUAAUAUUAUGUCCAUUGCUUCCUGAAAUGGUCCCUGAGCUCAUUGCUUCUCACACCACAGCUGAGCUUAGUGGCGUUUAGGUCAAAUCAAAAUUCACCAACCAUUUUGCUCUGGUUUCCCAUGGGUUCUGUUUAAUACCAGAUGUCUGCUGCAUGUUAGAUACAGGGACUGGUCCAGGUUUGGUCAGGAAACGACUGGUAAUGCUUCAUUAACUCUGAGUGGGAAUGGUUGAGAAUAAAGAGAGGGAAAUGCAAUGUGCCUAACCAUUCCCAUGGCACUGCAUAUCAUUGUUAAAUAUCAUGCCAACACCCAAUAUCUAGCUUCAUUUAAAGUCUUAGAAUAAAGGGGAAGCCAUUUAAGACUGAGGUGAGAAAAACGUUUUCACCCAGAGAGUUGUGAAUUUGUGAAA